AUGGAAUUUUAUAUAUUAUUUGAAUGUCCAGAUUUGAGAGAUCUGGAGAACUAUUAUAUGAGUGAUUCCAGAGGGCAUUUUUGGGUGGCGGAGUCACAUCAUCACAGAAAAGCCAGUGACACUCUUACUACAACAGAGUCCAAUUGUACUAAAACUGUGUCGAGCUAUGAAGAGUCUUCUUGUAAAUCUCCGGGUAUUAUAUGUGUUAAAGAAGUUUUAGGAUGCGUUGGAUGUGCUCCAGUGCGUGAUGAUGAAACGGUUGUUCAGUUGCUGCGUCUUGUAGUUAAAGAAGAAGCCAGAAGAAUGCGCCAUGGAAGUCGUUUACUUGCCCAAUUUGAAAAUUUCGCUAAGCAAAAUAAUUAUAAACAAGUUCGAUUAUAUACAAACAACUUGUCAUCAAGUCAUAUGAAAUUUAUACGACAACAUGGCUACAUUGCGUAUCAAACAGUUCCUCGUUCAUUAAUGAGAGGGUCCCUUAUUGAAUGGAAAAAAAAAUUACAAGAGCCAUCUGCAGUUGGCUCCUAUUUCAUAGACUCCACUGGCAAUCCAAUUAAAUCGAAUUUACAAACCUCAAAUGUUGAUGAUGCUAUUCCUUUUAGCUUGCGGAAACCACUCGGUUUUUCAACAAGUACAUAUGACGAGAAUCGUCAUAAUUGUGUACCUUCUCGAGUAACAACUUUGCAGGACUAA